AUGACUUUGCCUAUUAUCCUCAAUCGUGUGGACCCAAUUUACAAAGCCGCGGAGAACCCACCGUCUGACCCUGCGCACCAAGCCGUAUUCAUCUUUCUGCAUGGCUUGGGUGACAGUGCCAUUGGCAUCGAAGGGGUUGCGGAUCAUUUCCAGUCUGCGCACAAAUUACCACACCUACACUGGAUCCUACCGAAUGCCAUGCGGAAUCAUGAAGUUGGCACAACAGCGUGGUUUACCCCAAAGACGACGCGUUUGGAACGUGGAGAAGGCGAGGACGAAAAUGGUCUGCUCACUUCCAUCGCUUACCUCGAAAGUCUCAUCGAUGCCUGCCGCAAUAGAGGGAUUCCUGAGAGUCGUAUUGUCCUCGGCGGCUUCAGUCAAGGCAGUGCGAUCAGCUUACUCACUGAUCUCGUGAGCCGUAAGUACAGUGGACGCCUCGCUGGCAUCGUUGGUCUUAUGGGACAGCUUCCAUUGGCAGAUGGUCGAAGGAUAGAAGAGCUACGAGCCAAUGCCGGCCUUCCGCCUACCACAGGUGAGGCGCCUGUGUUCCUAGGGCGAGGAAAACGAGACCAAGUUAUCGAUCACGCUCGUUGGAUUCGAACACUGGAGAAGUUGACUUCCUUUCAAGGAACAGCCAUCGAAGUCAAAGAAUAUGCAGACAUUGGCCAUUCCUUGGACAGCCGCGUUUUGAACGACGUGUGUAGCUAUCUAGAGAGAAUCGUACCCAGCCUGGAGGAUUGA